AUGAAUUCUGUAAUAGAUAUUUUAGAAAAACCGAUUUCUGAUGAGAAUAUUAUAAAAAAAGAUUAUCAUACUUAUUCACCAUAUCUUCAGUCUUACAACAGUAAUGAUGAAAUUAGAAUUUCAAUACAAAAUCAAGAUUUAUAUGUUUUACCUGGUGAAAGUUUUAUAUAUGUAGAGGGGUUCGUUACUGAUGCUAACAAUACAAAAUUGAUAACUACUUCAUCCAAUUUUAAAGUGAAGAAUAAUUUUCUUGCCUAUCUCUUUGAUGAAAUUCGUUAUGAGCUUAAUGGUAUUGAGAUAGAUCGUACAAGACAUUUGGGAACAUCCAGCACCAUUAAAAAUUUAGUUUCAUUAUCACCAACGGAUAGUAAUGCUAUGGAAAAUUCAGGAUGGAACAAAAUUGACGAUAUUAAACUUAUUAAUGGAUAUUUUAAUUUCUAUGCUCCACUGAAAAUGUUAUUGGGAUUCGCAGAAGACUAUAAUAAAAUUAUAUUAAAUGGUAAACAUGAGUUGAUUCUUUUGCGUAGUAAAAAUGAUGCUGAUCUUGUGUACUCAUCUGUUUCCACUGAAAAACCAAAAAUGACAAUUUCAAAUAUUUCAUGGAGAAUACCACACGUUCAGUUAUCUGAUUUAAGUAAAUUAAAUAUGAUGAAGACAAUCAACAGUGGUGCUUCUAUACCAAUAGCAUUUCGUAGCUGGGAUUGUCAUAUUAAUCCACAACUAAAUAUAGGUGUUAAUCAUAUAUGGAAUGUUAAAUUAGCUUCAAAUAGAGAACGUCCUCGUUUUGUAUUGAUUGCUUUUCAACAUGAAGACAAAUUCAUUCAUUGUGAUUUAACUAAUUUAAAAGUACAUUUAAAUUCUGAAUCGUAUCCAUAUGAUGAUCUAAAUAUUAAAUUUAAGAAUGAGCGUUUUGCGAUUCUAUAUGAUAUGUAUGCUAGAUUUCAGGAAAAUUAUUAUUAUAUGAGAGAUGCCAAACCACUACUCACUUCUCAAGAGUUUAAAAAUAAAGCUCCGAUAAUUGUAAUAGAUGUACAACAUCAAAACGAAUCAGUUAGCAGUGGACCAAUCGAUAUAAAAAUCGAAUUAGAAACAGAUACUAAUAUUCCCGAAAAGACAUCAGCUUAUUGUAUUCUUAUUCACGAUCGCAUAAUUGAAUAUAAUCCAUUAAGAGUACAAGUUAUAAAAGUCUUAUAA